UUGGUUUAAUAAGACAGAGUGUCUUUAUUAUUKGUCCUUGGAACUCAGAAUUUUCACAACUGUAAAAUUUUAGAAAAUUGUAGCACCCUCAAUUGCUGUAAUAGCAAUGACAGUGCAAAAUAAGGCGUUAUUUGUCUUGAUUGCGAGUUUAGUCUGUUUGAUACUGUCUGCAAAUGAAGCUUUCUUUACCGUCAAAGAAAACCACAGAAGACAAAAUGGAAUAUUUGCCAAGUUCUUGGGAGCCACAAGUCUAGUUUCUUGUGGUCUUUCUUGUCUUCGAAACCCUCGCUGUGUGGCUGCUAAUUUUCGAAACUCUAAAAACAAACACGAAUGUGAACUUUUAGAUUUCAACCCCUCUGACGUUUCUGGUCUAGAGUACRAAGAAGGUUGGAUUUUUGCUCAAAGUUUGAAGGAUGAUUGCCGCUUUAACACGUGCAGUAAUGACGGAUCGUGUGUGUACAAGGCCAGCAAUGAACAAUUCACUUGUACCUGCYCCCCAUUAUGGAAGGGAGAUCGUUGUCAGAUGAUAAAAGCAGAGGCCGCCAUUUUUAAUUUCACCACUCUUGGCUAUCGUGGUAGAAAAGGCCCAACAGACAACCAAGGAUACAAAGGCACAGUAUUAGAAAACACUGACGUCACUCACGGUACCCAAAUAUGGACUGUCCCAGUAACUGGUGACUAUCACGUGACUUCCUGCGGGGCCGCAGGGGGUGAYAGUAUAAAUGGUCAUAAAGGUGGCAAAGGAGCCCUUGUGAACGGGACAGUGUUUCUUGAACAAGGCAAUGUCUUAAAAAUAAUGGUUGGCCAGCGGGGGGAAGCACCAAGCGCGGUAACCGUGGGGGCUGGAGGUGGGGGAACGUUCAUAUUCAAUAUGGAUAAAGACAAAAUUUUAGCAAUAGCAGGGGGUGGGGGUGGGGGAGGRAAAGACGACGAUGGGGGUCCUGGACGUGGAAUGAGUUGUGGUAUUGGUAACGGAGGGAAAGUGUGCGCCACACAAGGAACGACACUCUCAGGGGGCGGUGGAGGGUAYAGUAGUGAUGGCACUUGCUAUCAAAGUAACCCCUGUAAUAACAAAGCCUGUAAUCAAGGUGGAAAAUCCUAUAAGAAUGGAGGAGAAGGCGGUAUUUCUACUCAACUUUUAUCUAACUGUGAUGGUGGUUUUGGGGGAGGGGGAGCCUGUUAUGAUGCUUCAGGGGGUGGGGGUGGGUAUUCUGGUGGUGAUGUCUUGUUUGUCAGGAAUAAUACUGUCACAUCGUUUAGCAGUGAGGGUGGUUGUUCUACUGCACCUUCUGAUUGGGAGAGGAUAAGUGGAAACAAUGAUGGUGACGGCUAUGUUAUCUUGAAACUCUUGUCGUCACCUUGA